AUGACGACCAUGACCGUUAAGCGUGAGAUCCCCAACAGCUUUGCCGCUCCGGCGGUAGCUCAGGGCUACGAAGAGCAGCUCCCGGCUAUGACAGCCGUCGCCAAGACCACUGUCACGCUUGCACCUACGGUCACCUCUGAAUCAGUCAUCCACGACAACGCAUGCGGCCCAGGCGUCGUCACCAGCGCCAUCCUGUCCCAAUUCAAGGGCAGCGGCCAGUCAGCGCCAAAGAUCAUUGCGACAGAUAUCGCCCCCGCCAUGGUCGAGCUGGCUGCCAAGAACGGUCCGACCGUCGACGCCCGCGUCAUGGACGCGAAGAAGUUGGACGCCAUCUCUAGCGGAACACUCACACACUCAUUCACCAACUUCCUAUUCGUGCGCGGCUGGGAAGAGCAGGAUAUGGUCAGUUUCGCAUCUGAGAUCUACCGUACCCUUGCCCCCGGCGGCACCGCCGUGAAGGCCGUGUGGAAAUACCACGAAUGGCACAAUGUCGUCAGAGAUGCCGCCGUGAAGACACGAAGCAAUGGUGCAGACCUCAUCCCGCAGCAGCCGUGGUCCGAGGAGAUGGUUCGCGACGUCUUCAUCAAGGCGGGCUUCGACGCAAGCAAGAAGGGCUUGCUCUCCACUAUCAAUGCUGGUGUGAUGCGGAAAUUGUCCGAGCAGGAAAAGGAGCGCUACUUGGCCAACCUGAAAGAGAGGGUUGAGAAAGACAAGAAGAACCCGGACAAUAGAUAUAUGCCAGUGUGUUCGGAAUAG